CCCUUUUUUUCUUCUUUACAAAAUUAUUAUCACAAAAAAUUUUACAAGAAGGAAAAAAGGUUUAAUAAAAACAAUGGUUGAUCUCCACAUGAACAAAUUUUCAAGAAUUUUGCUUAUUAUUUCCCUAAUUUCCAUCUCCAUUUCAUCUCAAAUAACAAUAGCAAAUGGCCUAAAAAUUCCCCCUAGACCUUCUCCUAUCAAUAAUAAAAAUAAAAUAAAAAAUCUUGUUACUUCCCUCAUGGUUUCAUUGAUGGCGAAAACUGAGGAAUUCGUAAAAAGAAUUGUUCUGACGCGUUUAGCUAUCGAGCUAGACGAGUACAAAAAAGAUUAUCUAGAAACAUGUAAAGAGGUAUACGAAGACGCAGUCGACGCAAUGAAAAGUACAUUAAAAGAUGUCAAUGAAGGGAAUUAUUACAAAGCAAAUGUGGAUGUUAGUGCAGUAUCAGAAAAUAUGGAAACUUGCAAAGAAUGUGUCAAAGAAAUAUAUGGUGAUGAUCCUGAAUUUACAAAAUUUGAUAAUUGGUCACAUGGUAUUAUUGAAGAUGCAUUAACUAGAAUUACUAGGAUCAGCAGGUAAAAACAAAAUCAAAACUUUUGUUAAGGACCUUCAAGAUUUAUCUUAAUAUGUGUGUAUGAAAAAUAAUUUUUGAUUAUAGGUAAUUUUACCGGAUAUAAUUUUAAUUUGUCAAGGUUGUUUAAGGUUUGAUGUGUAUAGUAUGUAGCUUAGAUAGUUUAUGUAUUUAUAUAUAUAUAUAUAUAUAUACUCCUAUUAUAAUUUUGAUGAAGA